AAUAUGAAGCUCUUGCCCAACAAACUUGCUUCUCAAAUAUUUUGGGGGCUUUUUUUGCGAUAAGCAAGAGGAAAAGGCACCAGAGUGUUUGGGAUAACAUUUGCUCGAAGCAACAUCUUCUGACCUCCCAGAAAACAGAUCAAGAAGUAAUCAGGUUGUUGGGGAGUGAUCUAUAAGAAGACUGUCCAGAUGCUGAGAGACUAGAGAGAGGAAUUUGAAGGAAGUGGGAGAUGCCUUAAAAUUUAUGAGAUCAUCUCCAAGAUCAAAGCAGCGUCAGAAACAAAAGGCCACGUCACCUUCCUAAAGGACUUCCUGGAGAUGUCGGAUCAGGCCAAAGACCAAGCAGGGAAGGAGGAAUUUGGUUCUGCCAGAAUAAGUGAGAAGGAGUCUGAUGAAGAAGAGGCUGAAGGUUGGACUAGAUGACACUUGGAACCCUUCUAGCUUUACAAUUCUGCGAUUCAAUGACUUACAACAACCGGAAAGCACUUUAAAGAACUGCUCCAGCACUGUUAUCUACUCGGCUUAUAACUGAACUGUGACUAUUAUAAUCCCCGCCCCCCAUAUCAAUUAUUUUGUGGCAAGUGUGGGUUCAAGCCCCACAUUGGGCAAAAAAAAAAAGAUUCAUGCCUUGCUGUGCAGGGGGUUUGACUAGAUGACCCUCGUGUCCCCCUCCGACUCUACAAUUCAAGGAUUCUAUGAAACACGUGCAGAUCCACCUAAGAGUUUUCCCAACUGGCCAGGGACGAAAAUCCUACUCUUGGUCUGGUGAAGCAGUGUAGCCUCCAGGGAAGUGGGGGAAAAAAGCUUUUCAAGAUGAGCCUUAAUCAACUCCCGACGUCUUGCAAAUCCGGAGGCCGUUAAAAGUCCAGGAGCAGUUUGCAACCAGACGAUGGCAACCCUGAGGCGGCAGGGGUCAUAGGCAGCCGCGUGGUCCGCGGAAGACUUCGCUCUCGUGUGAAAUCCGCCUCUCUCGCUCCGCGCGCGCGCAGUCCCCGCCAGACACGAACUUUUUUGGGGGGAGGUGGGGGCGAGCAGGAAGGAAGGAAACAGGUGUUAACCCUUCCGCAGCCGCCCUCCGUUUAAGAGCCGCCGCCCAAGAGCCGCCGGCCAGUUUUGCCCAGGACUUGGCAGGCGAAGAGCGAGCGCUGCGCCUCCGCGUUGUCUGCGCGCCGUCCCCUCCAGGCUCGCCAAGAGUUAACGCGGGAGAGCCGCGUAAGGAAGGGGGAGGGCGGGGAAGCGCGACAAUAAUAGGAAACCGCGAAGGGGUGGACGCCACUUUGCAAAAAAGAAAAAGAGGAAAAAAGGGAGACGUUUUUCCAUGAGCUUUUCUUCUUCUGCAAAGGAGGCGGCCGGCGGGACGCGCGCCAUGCGAAGCGCAGCCGCCUCCGGAGAGACCCGCGUCCUGCCCGAGCGAGGACUGUGGUUACUGAGGUUACCCAGAAGGAGCUAGACGUUGGAAGCCGCAGACAUUUGGACCUUGAAGCUGGGGGCAGCUGCUGAACUACCUGCUCUACAUCGCCUCUUUGUGGCCGUCUGGAGAACUGCAACUCAGGCUGGCACCAUGGACUCCACCAAGGACCCCCACGUGAAGGCCUUCAGUGGAGUCAGCGACUAUCUCAACUAUGAGAUCAUCAUAGAACAUUACAACUUCACGGGGAAGCUAAAUGAAAAGGCAGACACCGGGAUCAAAGCAAGUUCCGCGGUCUUCAUCAUCAUCUGUUGCUUCAUCAUCCUGGAGAACAUCUUUGUCCUUCUGACCAUCUGGAAAACAAAGAAGUUCCACAGGCCUAUGUACUAUUUCAUUGGAAACUUGGCACUCUCUGACUUGCUGGCUGGGGUGGCUUAUGUCGCCAACCUCUUACUGUCCGGACACAAGACCUACACCCUCACCCCUGCCCAGUGGUUUCUUAGGGAAGGGAGCAUGUUUGUGGCGUUGUCCGCCUCUGUGUUCAGCCUCCUGGCCAUCGCCAUUGAGAGAUACAUUACAAUGUUGAAGAUGAAGCUUCACAACAGCACCAACAGUUCCCGUUCUUUCCUGUUGAUCAGUGCCUGCUGGGUCAUCUCUGUGAUAUUAGGAGGUCUCCCUAUUAUGGGCUGGAACUGCAUCCAACAUCUACAAAGCUGUUCCACCGUGUUGCCCCUCUACCACAAGCAUUAUAUCCUCUUCUGCACCACGGUGUUCACGGGCCUCUUGUUGUCUAUCGUGGUUCUUUACUGCAGGAUCUACAUCAUGGUAAGGACGAGGAGCCGCCGGCUGACUUUCCGGAAGAACAUGGCCAAAGCCACCAGGAGCUCCGAGAAGUCUCUAGCUCUGCUCAAGACAGUGAUCAUUGUUUUAAGUGUGUUCAUUAUCUGCUGGUCCCCUUUGUUCAUCCUCCUCUUACUGGACGUGCGGUGCAAAGUCCGGUCUUGCCCAAUUCUCCUCAAGGCCGAAUAUUUCUUAGUACUGGCUGUUCUCAACUCAGCUACAAACCCGAUCAUCUACACGCUAACGAACAAGGAGAUGCGGAGGGCUUUUGUCAAGAUUAUGUCAUGCUGCAAAUGUCCCACCGCAGAUUCUGGGACCAAAUUCAAGAGGCCCAUCAUUGGGGGGAUCGAGUUCAGCCGAAGCAGGUCCGACAACUCCUCCCACCCGCAGAAAGACGAGGGCGAAACUCCAGAAACUAUUGUGUCUUCGGGUAAUGUCACCUCGUCAUCGUAGGAGCUCUCAAAUGGAGGAGGCAUGGGCCCGCCGGAGGCCGCCGCGUGGAAUGGUUCUGAUCACUUGUCUCCCGCCAAGGAUAGGCUCGAAGGGAAAGGAUAGGCUCGAAGGCUAUCCUUUCGAGUGUGGCACUUGCGAGGGGAGACGCGGGGACAGAUUGUGUGACUUGAAAACAUUUCCUCCCUGGAAGUUGGUUGUGUGUCGUUUGGGUUUGCAAUGAGGACACUUAGGGUUGUGCCCUAUAUAACUCCGAAGACUGAAACCUUGGUAAAACGACACCUGUUGAAUGAGAGUGGGUGGGGGUGGAAAAUACUAUUUCCCUCUCAAGAAAAAUGUGAACCUAUAAAAUUAAAGAGUUUACUGGGUUUUUCCUUCUUCUUUUGAGUAACAGCCCUCCCCGCCUUACUGAGCAGCAAGGGGAGCCAGUCUGCCUGUCGAUUCUCUUCUGGGCAAAUCUAAAGAGAAUUUGAGUGUUUUGCUUCAAGAUUGGCCAAAGCGCCACUUGACUUUCAAUUAAAAGUUGGUGGGAACUGGGACAUGGAGGGCUUCAAUGGAUAGUUUGGAGAGCACUGCCUCCCACUGCAUGCUGCCAUUGAGUUCCCCUGAAUUGAAUGGGACUACGCUUGAGUUAGGCUGGGGAUGUUUGGAACGGAAGGAGCCCCGUUUGAACCUUGGCAUUAAAUUGAUUUGAUAAAUGUGCCACUCAAUAACAAGGUUCAUUUAUUGUUAGCAAUUUCGAUAGCACCUCGGCGCAUGAGGGGCCGUACAAACUAUUGUCUCACUUAUUCUCAGAAUAAUCCUAUCAUAGUUUAGGUUGAGCGAGGACUCUAGGAGGCAUCUGAAGCCUUGAAAGCUGGAUAAAGUUUGGACGAAGCCAAUGGUCUGCAUUCCACUCCAGAUUCUUUUAGAUCCCAGAACAUUUGCAAUUUAAAAAGGUGUUUAUAAGUUUGCCGAUGUCCACAGAAAGUAUUUGUUGUGUUAAUUGAAUGUAAUAUGCCACAGCAUCAAUUGCUGGGCUGUGUAUGUGUGUGUGUGUGUGUGUAAAUAUAUAUAUAUGUAUAAAUAUAUAUUUGACCCGAGUUAAAUGGGCUUAAUGUGUACAAUGUGUAGAGAAGCUAACCAGGAUAGUAGCUGUCCUGUGCCAAGAGUAAUAGUCUUCCAUUUUUAUCAGUUUGGGACUCGCCUUAAAUCUCAUGGGACCUGGGCUGGUUCUAGACACAUCAAAGAAGCAAUUCAGUUAAACCCGUUGUAAACUUCAUAGUGGGAAAUCCCUUUGGCGAAAAACGGGACUCCACAGCGCCACCUGGUGUCGCAGUGUUAUAACACGCAUAAAGUGCUUUAUCUUUACGAAUGUAGCUGAGUCCCUGGUUUAAAUUAUUUGGUACCUCUCUCAAUCUUUCCCCCCUGCCCUCAUCUUCUCCAAAAGGAGUGACUGGAUGCAAAGGAGGAUAGAAGAGUUGCUGUAUUUAAGCUGUGUAGGAAAGGAAAUUUCAGCAGGUUGUGCAGAUGCAAAAAGUCAGGCCACCUGAAAUUACUUUUGUAACGUAGCUGUUAAAAAGUCACCGUGACUCUCUUCCUCCUUUGGGGAGGAGGGGCCAUAGCUGAGUUACAGAGCUCAUGUUUUGUGUGCCGAAAAUUCCAAAUCUAAACAUUGAAAAGAAAUUGGCAGUGGGGUGUUCAUAGGUGUGGGCCCAGACCCAGCGGUUGAAGGUUGGUGUCCGAGAGCAAUACUGUGGUAAUUGGUAAUUAAUGUACAAAUAUUGGUUGAAUAUAUAAAUGGUUUUUUUUAAUAAGACUGUUGGCCUUCUAGUAUUCCUAGUGCAAUUCUUUUUGUAAAAACAAAAAUAGUAUUUAACAUGUUUCUGACUUUGGUUGUACAAUUUGCACAUAGCUUCGUUGACCUCUAAAUAUUAAUAAACUGGGGGUUUUGUACAAGUUCUGCCAUGAACAUUCCUUCUGCCGCAUUUUUAUCUGUAUCUAUUCUUACCACCGACUUUUGGACAAUUUACAACUCACAUUAUUUCUAUGCCCAGAAGAGGCAGGUCAACAUUUGUGUGGUAAAACAGAACACGUAGAUGCAAAAAGACCUGUCAAGAGCAGCAAAUUCUGGUCAGCGGUUCAACAAGGCAGCAUUCAAACCAGGGCAGGUAGCAACUGGAGUAAUUAAACUCCCUUUUCCCAGCAGUACAUUUGCAGCAAUUAAGAUCAACCUAAAUGCGACAGUGGCAGACCUAGGUCAUUCAACAUGUCCUGGCCUCAAGCAGGAGGGAAGUGUUUGUGGUUCAAAUUAAAGCACAAGAAGCAGGCUCUCUACAGACUUUCACACUGAAGAUAUUAAAAACCUGGGUGGGGAUGACUGGUGGAUGGAGAGCAGGAGGCAAGUUCAGCAGUUAGCUGCUUCACACAUGCUUUGGGAAAACUCACCUUUAAAGACACCAGCAUCGGUGGGCACAAAUGCCCUUGCCCUAUUGUAGGAGAGAGGACCAGCUACCCUUCUCCUUUGAUAAGGCUGUCCUACUGCAACCUCGUGAUUUGCAUGUUUCCCUUGCCCCUGCAGCAAGAGCGAGUGCCACAGGCCAACGUCCCAUCGGAUGAAGCAACGGCUUCCGUUUGGCCUGGAGAAAUAAGCUGAGUGGCAGAUUUUGGGUAAGAACAGGGUGGGAGUUGCAGGGACAGCCUCAUUGCGCACAGAAGGAGAAGGGCGAUUUCCGAGCUGCAACCUGUUCGCAAUGUCAACGUUUGUUCAACCACGCUUGCAGAAGGCAAGACGAGAAAAAAAUGCACAAGUCGAAGAGCUGCUCAUUAGCGGGUCUGAGGUAAUGAAGGGUAGAAAGCAACCCAUUUCAAAGGACGCCCCACUGUUUCUCGUGAACACUUCCAAUUCUAGUAAUUGGGAGGUACAAAAAAAGGACUACUAAAAUCACACACACACACACACACACACCCUUUUGGAAUUGAAUCUUCAGUAUCCCAGUGACUCUUCAGUCCUGACAUACCGAAGGAAAACCUUUGGUCCCCGUUUCCCUACCAUAACACCUCGGUGGCCUGUAUAUUUUUGUUCACUAGCCAUGUGGACCUUUUACUUCAUUAAACAGGAUAGAAGGAUAUCUCGUGGAUACCUUAGCACUGAAAGCUUCUAAUGAACGAAAUCAAAAGAGCAGCCCUUGCCAGCCAUCUGAAUGGUUCACUCUUGGGAAAGCUAGCACAUGGUUCUGCUGCAUUGAUAUAUAUCUACGCUCUGAGGUAAGAAUAUGCAAGGAAGCUAGAGGUUAGGUAUGAUCUCCUCCCUGAUUCCUCCCCCCCCCAGCCCUGUUUUUGUGCUAAGCCAAGGGAAGAAGGGUGCAGACAACCAGACAACAACGACAGACACUUAUGUUAAUUGCCUGUGCUAGGAGUGGUGGCAAACAGACUUUUCUUCCGACCUGUGGUGUGCAGGAUUGACACCUUGAUCAGAAUAUUCCCCCACCUGAUGUUUUCAUGCAGAGAGCACUAAUAUUCUAUAUCUCGUUUUAAUUUUUUUAAUUAAAAAUACAUAUACAGAAUAUAUCAUAAUGCUAAUAAUAUAUUGCACAAUAAUGUUAAAUGUUACAACAAUGUUUCCAAUUUCCUUUUGCUUCUCUCAUAAAAUUGGACUGCAAUCUUUCAUUAGGGUUUGCUUCAAAGUUGACCUAUAGGACGGCACUGUCCCUUUAAUUGCAGAUGCCUCAUUAAUCAUACACACCACAAUUAUAUUAAAAAUCGUUUUCCCGAUUGCAAAUGAUUAAUGUCCCAAGCAAUAUCAAGUAGUCCUGAUUAAUUGGAUAACUUGAACAGUUUCUGAGAGCCAAAUUUCUUUCUUUCUUUCUUUCUUUCUUUCUUUCUUUCUUUCUUUCUUUCUUUCUUUCUUUCUUUCUUUCUUUCUUUCUACAAAACGUUUCUGCAAACUUUUAAUUUUGUGCAUCUCAAGAUGAUGUCAAUGCGAAACAGGUUUUGUAGCAGAUGUAAAACUGUUACAGAUGUGUUGUGCAGUGAUUUGGAGCUUUGGACUUCGAUCGCUUGGUCCUGUAUCCCUCCAUAUGUUGGCGUUUCCUCUCUUCCUGCCCCCUCCACUUCCCUCUCUCUAGGUAAUGCCUUGGAAUUUUACUGAGACGCACAGGAUGCAGUUGGGUUGCAAAGAUAAUCCUCACCUUCUUAGGCACUGUGCCGUUUCUCUGUAACAUUUACGGUGGGAAACUGCGCUGCCUAACCGAAAGAGGUUUUGUAGGUCGCAACCUUUUACUUCCUGGAGGAAAUUCCAAAAAUGCCCCAAAGACAAAAAGUGGAAACAGACUGGGAUUUCUCUCCAUCUGUCUGCCUGUACCGGAAGCAAUGAUCUCAUCUGUGAUCACUUCCUUUUCUUUUGCUUGUUGGUGGUGAUGGUAGGGAAAUGUUCUCUUACUGUAGACCUUUUUGAAUUCUUUUGUUUCUAAGAUUUCUGUUCUGCCCUCAAGAUGAAAUGGGGGCAGUAGGUGUUGCUGGAAGGGUGACCUCGUAAUUCCCCCCCUGUUUUUCACAGCUGUGAAGAAAAAGCUUUGCAAGGCAUACACAGUCUACUGCUCCAAAGAUAAAUAGCUAGAAGGUGAUUGAAUUAGGGUUGUCACUAUAUAACAUGGAUACGAGAUGCUCGAAAUCUCUCUUGUAAUAGAAGAGACAAGACAGCUGAGUCUCACCUAUCGUGCCUGUUCCCUUUCCCGCCCCAUAGGCAGGCUGGCCCAAUACAUUUUGGGCCUGUGGCAAACCACAAAAUGGUGCCCCCACCACCACCAGCGAAGAACAGACCCUCCGAGUGUCCCUAUUUCCCAGGGACAUCCCUGGUUUAGAGAAGCUGUCUCAGUUUCUGAUUUGAUCCCGGAAUGUUCCGCAUUUCCUUAGGAAGUCCCUGUUUUCAUUGGAGAAAUGUCGGAGGGUAUGGAGUUAUCUGACCCCCCCGAGACACCUGAAGGCAAUCCUGUAUAGGGAAGCUUCUUUUUAAUGUUUAAUGUUUUCUUAUGUUUUAUAUAUAUGUUGGAAGCUGCCCAGAGUGGCUGGCGCAACCCAGUAAAGAUGUGUAGGGUAUAAAUAGUAAAAUUAUCUUUAUGGAAUGGGGUGUCCCUAUUGCUGCUGAGAAGGUGGCAGAUCCGGCCUCGAAGGGGUGCAUCACAGCCGUCAGAGUUGCCACAUCAGCAGCAGCUGGUGAAAACUAAGACCCGGGGGCCGGAUCCGGCCCAAUCGCCUUCUAAAUCCAGCCCGCGGAUGGUCCGGGAAUCAGCGUGUUUUUACAUGAGUAGAAUGUGUGGUUUUUAUUUAAAAUGCAUCUCUGGCAUAUUUGUGAGGCAUAAGAACUCAUUCAUAUUCCCCCCCCCCAAAAAAUUAUAAUCCGGCCCCCUCCCACAAGGUCUGAAGGACAGUGGACCGGCCCCUGCUGAAAAAGUUAUCUAGUUAUCUCUCGCUUGGAUUACUGCAAUGCGCUCUACGUGGGGCUACCUUUGAAGGUGACCCGGAAACUACAACUAACCCAGAAUGCG